AUGUAUUAUCAAGAGAAUUAUAGGAGAGCUCGUCAAUUUCUCAACUAAAGAUAAAAAUUAAUAGAUUUUUAACCUUAUAAAUUAAAUCAACCCUAAAUAACUACAAUACGUCAAAUCUUAGAGGUAAUACGAUCAAAAGAAAGAAGCAAUAGCUAAUUUAAAUAUAUAAAAACUACAGGGUAAGAAAAAUAGGAUGAUUAUCAAAAACCAUAGAUACUUAUAUCUUCAAAUUUAGAACCAAAAGAUCAUAAUCAAUCUCUUACAUCCAAACUAUUAAGAUUAAAUAAAAUAACUCGAAAUACAACCUAAGUUACACCUAUCUCAUAUAAUUUUAUAGAUAGAAUUAUUGAACCUUUGAAAAAAAAAACAGAAAUCUAAUCUGAGUAAAAUUCUCCUUCAAGGGUUCGAAAAAUCAUACCAUGUAUUGAGUAUUAAUUGCCUACUUAAUUAAUCUUUUAGGAUAAUCAGAAAUAAGUUAACAAUAUAAUUGAAAGAAAAUUUUGUAUUCAGAAAUCUCGACCUAAAGAAAUUAUUAAUCUAUAGUAGCCUAAAAAUAAGAGUAUAUAAAAUUGCUUAUCUCAUCAUUAAAUUAUUAAUAAAGAAAAAGCAAGUCCAACAUUAAGGAGACUAAAUAAAACAAGUUAUUAAUGUGAAUAAGUGAAAUUUACUAAUUCAAUUUAAAAUGAAAAAAUUGAAAAAUAAAUAUAAUAAAUUAGAAAAGUAAGUGGUUGGACUAUCUAGAGCCAAGAAAGUGUUCAAACAUUAUUAUGA